AGUUGGGAACUGUCGAUCGUCGUGGUAACUUUCGAUUUUUGCCUCCGUCGCGAAAAGUAUUUGGUGUUUGAAAUUUCUCAUAAGCAGACUUUUGGGCCAGAUUGUGGUAGCCCCGAGGGCUCAAUUGUGCACCUUUCAGGAGGCCAGUCCUCUUUGACUCGAUCGGGAAAUCGGUCACCAAAAGUGUCUUAAGUUGUGUCUUGAAUUUUGAGACUUGUUUCGCAGUGAUUCACGUGAAGGUGAAAAGUAAAAGUUUUUUUCUGGCUUUGUCGUCUCUUCUUCACUAAAAACAUUUCUUCGUCCACGAAAUUCAAACAAAAAGACGCGACAAGCAUGCAAAAUCUUCUGAUCAACAAUACAAUUUGAAAAGAGAUUUUGAGAGCCAAUUUUUGUGGGCGACAAAUGGUUUCACCUUUUUUCGCGCCAAAAAAAAGACCACCACAAUAUUUCUUAGAUUGACAUCCACGGAUGACCACAAAAAAAAGAGCCAUCAUACAGUGACUUAAUGAGCCCCUGUCCAUUUACCUUUAAUGAGAUUGCGGAUGCGCAAAAAAAGGUGAACGCGACAUUCGCAGCGGGGGGUUUCUCGAGCAAUUGUCGCGGAAUUUCAUUGAUCAAGGAUUAAUUGCCUGUCAACAUAAGUAUCAAGAAAAUUCGAAGUACAUUGACUUUAAGAGUGUCCAAAAAAGUCGUGGAAAAAAUAUGAGUAUGUUUGUGGAAAUAUUUGGCCUGAAAUUUCUCGAGACCAUCGAGUGUCUUGUGGUGAGAAUUGUGAGACAAUGAAAGUGUAAACGGUGCCUCUUUUGUACUCACUUAAGUCCAAAAGAAGUAUUUGGAGGUACAGAAUUUUCAAGAACUUGGUUCUUUGACGAGCAUAAGAUAAACUUUUCAACACAACCGAGGAUCUCAUCCAAGAGUCGAAUGAUGCAUAAGUUGCUGUGGCUUUUUGUGAUAAUCAAAUUAGUGAGCUCAGAGGCUCCAUAUCCCCACCAUCAUCAACAUCAGCAGUACAUUCCGUACCAACAGCAAAAGCCCCAACUUCAGUGCGGACUGUAUGGGGCGCCACCGUGUGAAUACGUCCCGGCGCCACCUGGAAAUACCCCAACUUGUGCUGGUCCCGGAAAGACUUACUGCGAACAUGUGGAUCACUAUCCUGUCCAAGUCAUUAAGACUCUGAUCGACAAAUGGGGCUACGACAUCAAUCCCCAUCUCGUGGAUGAGACUGGGGAUGAAUUUCAUGAUCGAACAGCUACUCCUCAUCCUACUUAUGGACCACCAACUCCGACGUAUGGGCCCCCAUCGCCAACUUACGGUGUACCUGGUACACCGCCAGUUCCUGCUUCAUAUCAACCGCCUCCGCCACCCCCGGACACUUCAACGCCGGCUCCAGUGUUCAACGCAAAUCUUGUGGCCCCGACGAACAAUUAUGUACCUUUCGGACGGACAAAUACAGCUGGUGGUUAUUCAAACGACGGAGGAUACAAUUACAAUCCUCCAAGGACUUCAUUUACCGGCAAUAAGCCUCAACAGCAAGAGUUCUUUACUCCCUUAACUGGCAUCAACAGGGAUCAAUUUAAUGGAUUGGGAACUACAAAUGGAAAAAAUGGCAACAGUCUCAAUGGAAAUGGAUUUAAUGGACAACCGAUCAAUGUAAUAUUCACAGAAGCACUUAGAGCACCUCCAGCUCCACAGGACAACAAUUUUCUUUCACAACGAUCAGGAAAUCAGCAGACAUUUGCUUCCCAACAACAGGUUCCUUUCAAUGUUCCUGCAAAUCCUACCCAAGUUUCUCCCUCUCAAACCACCUUCACGAACCCACCUCCUGCUUCUGGAAUCAAUCAGAACUACUACAGUACUUUCAAUCAACCGACCGUCAAUCAACAAGCUAGAUCACAGCCUCAGACAACCAACUACAAUCCCGCAGAUUGGUUCAGAAGAUAUGGAAGGAGUGUUACUGAAGUUGAAGAAAAGCCAAAACCUGUAGUGAGAACAGAAAUCCUGCGACAGGAAAUCCGGAGUUUCAACGAAAGUCUAGUGAGAGUUAAGAGACAACCCUUGGAAAGUCUCUUGUUGGAUGAGAGUAAGCUUCCAGAAAAUGCGGGCUUGAGAAAUAAAAGACAAUCAUUUGACCAGGAAGCUCUCUGUCAAGUGCGGACACAGUUCAUCCAGCCUCAGGCAGCCCUCAAUAACAAAGGCAACUGGAUGUUUGUAGUGAAUCAAGUAGAAACUGCUAGGCAGUUGGUUAAAACAGAAACUUGCGCUUCUACUGUCUGCUCGAAUCUAUGCCAAAUUCCGCCUGGUUAUAAUUCUCGCUGUGAACAGAAAUAUGUUCAGAAACGCCUUGUUGCUUUGGAUGCAAAUGGUCAGAGACUCUACACUGACACCUUUUGGUUUCCCUCAUGCUGCGUCUGCACCAUCGCUCCUCAAUAAAAUGCCGCCACCAGGAAACCCGUCCACAAUGUCAUCAACGAAUUUAUGUUAAUAAGGACAAAAAAAAAAGACCUGUUGAACUGAUUUGAACCUGAAGAUCAUGAAGAAAAGUGCUAAAGAAAAUUCUCCAAGAGAGCUGAAGUUACUGCCAAGAUAAAUCACUAAUUUAAUUGCUUAUUUAAGAAUGCGACAAUUUUUUUUCGACAAAAAAAAGCCCGUAGAUACUCUUAAGAUUAUCCACAAGUAGAUUUUUUUUGUUAUUAGGUGAAAACAAGAUUUAUUAAUAUUGAGAUUAUGUGUAAAAAUUGUGAAUGUAAAUGAAAAUGUUGUCUGUUUAGAAGAA